AUGGCAAUCACCGAUAUCUUCAAGCGGGGAGGCCGCCAUGAGGCAGGAAUCGCAGGAUCAGAGGAGCGUACGACAGUGAUCGUCACGGAGGACCAUGUCGAAGUACCCGUGCCCUCGACCGGUAAACUGGAGGGUACCACGAUCGACGAAGAGAAGGUGAAAGUCCUGGGCGAGACUGGGGCGAUUGAACAGGAGAGUCACGAGAACCCGGAGAUCGCUGCACUGCCCCUGCAAGUGCGCCAGUUGAUUAACCUGACCGACGAUCCCACCCUUCCAACCAUCACUUUCCGGUACUUUGUCUUGUCGGCCUUGUUCGUCAUCCCCGGUGCUUUCCUGUCGCAGAUGAGCUAUUUCCGAACCACCAAGGCGCCAUACUCCGUCUUCUUCGUCCAGAUUGCUUGUCACUAUGCCGGCCACUUCCUGGCACGGACGCUACCGGCAUGGAAGGUUCGCGUCCCCGGCACCAGCUGGGGAUUCAGCUUGAAUCCGGGCGCGUGGAGCAUCAAGGAGCACGUCCUGGUCACCGUGACCGCGGCGUCGGGAGCGACCUAUAAUCUGGGAUAUACUCCCAUUGUUCUGGCAGAGCUGUGGUACGGGUACCGAAUGCCUCCCGCCGUGGCCAUCUUCUUCAUGCUCGCCAUCGUGUGGAUCGGAUAUGCCUUUGCGGCUCUGGCUCGCAGUAUUCUACUCCCUGAUCCGGAGUACAUCUGGCCUCAAGCCUUGAUGCAGACCACUCUCUUUGAGACCUUCCGCAAGACGGACAACUCCUCACGGCUGGCCCGACGCCAAAUGAAGGUGUUUUUCUUCGCUCUCCUCGGCAUGACCCUGUGGCAGUUCCUCCCUGAAUAUGUCUUUCCCUUCACCUCGUCGCUCGCGUUUCUCUGCUGGGUCGCGCCUCACAACCCCGUGGCCAAUUUUAUUGGAUCCGGCCUCGGUGGCAUGGGAUUCCUCAAUCUGAGUUUGGACUGGUCGAACAUCAACUGGAACGGGUCUUCGAUCAUGUUGACUCCCUUCUGGACUCAAGUGAUACUGUUCCUGGCCUUUGCUUUCAACUGCUGGGUCCUCAUUCCUGCAGCGAAAUGGGGCAACCUCGGCUCCUUCAAGCAUGGGAUCAUGAGCAACUCUCUUAUGCUGGGUAACGGCACGACUUAUCCGACCACCAAAGUGCUCACGUCCGAUUACCACCUCAACCAGACUGCCUUUGAGCAGUAUGGACCUAUGCAUAUGGGAGUCCAAAAUAUCUGGGCGACCUUCUUUGAUUAUGCCAAGCUCCCCGCUGCCGUUACCUGGAUUGCCACUUUUGGCUUCUCUCAAAUCCGGGCCAACCUGCGCAAGGUCCAGGAAAACCGCAAGGCGACCAAGGCUGCCAAGGCCGCUGGAGCCGCUUCCAACGGCCAAGGACAGGGUAUUCAUUACGCCUACCAUGACCGACUGAACGUGAUUCAGCGGCAAUACAAGGAAAUUCCUCACUGGUGGUAUCUCGUGCUGUUUCUGGCUGGCUUUGUCACGCUAAUUGCGUGUCUGGCGUGCGGAUACCUGUUCAUCCCCAUCUGGACUCUCUUCGUCGCCUUGGCCAGCGCUGCCAUUUUCAUCAUCCCUUUUGCAUGGCUCUAUGCGAUCUCGAAUUACCAACUGUCGACUGGAUCCUUCAAUGAGCUUAUGUAUGGAUACAUGGUACACACCAAGGCGGGCUCGAAUCAUCAGCAUCCUUGUGGACCCUCGGUGUACGGCGCCAUCGCCGGCGAUGCGUGGUAUCGCGCGCAGUACAUGUUACAGGACCAGAAGAUCGGCCACUACAUGCACAUUCCGCCUCGCGAGAUCUUCUUUUCUCAGAUCUUCGGCACCUGCAUGGGAGUGCCGAUCAACUACGGGGUCAUCCGGUGGAUCAUGGACACCAAGGGCGAGUAUAUCACGGGACAGAAGGUUGACCCUCUUAACCAGUGGACGGGUCAAAGCCUCCGCAACUCCAACACGAUGGGUGUCCAGUAUGCCAUUCUCGGUCCCAAGCGUCUCUUUGCUGAAUCUCAGAUGGCGGCGCUGCCUUGGUCGUUCCUGGUGGGCGCCGUGAUCCCUCCCAUCUUGUACAUUUUCCACCGCAUGUUCCCGCGCCUGCGGAUUGAUUUGUGGAACGUCAGUAUCUUCUUCGGGGGACUGGCCGUGUUCUACGGCAAUGUCAGCACCGGCUACACGUCCGCCCUCAUUGGAGGGUGGAUUGUGAUGUACUGGGCGUAUCGCAAGCAUUUUGAAGUGUGGAAGCGGUAUAACUAUCUGGUUGCGGCGGCGUUUGAUGCUGGGUUCAACUUGAAUAUGCUGCUGAUCUUCUUGUUCUUCGGGGCCGGCAAGAAAGUGUCUAUGCCCGGGUGGUGGGGCAACAAUGGGGAGUCCGUUGAGCGAUGCUUUGCGUUGAACAAGGGUUGA